GGCCCUGCAAUGUCAAGGAAGGGGGCUCACCCAGGGCUCCUGUAGCUCAGGGGGCAGGCCUGAGCCCUGUGCCCGCCCCGCGUCCAUCCAGCCCCCGACGGGGCGCCCCAUCCCGAGGGGCUCCAUAGUGGCCCCCACCGAGACAGGGGACCCGACUGGCUCGGAGCUCGGCUGGAUGUUACAGGCGUGCAAAAUGGAAGGGUUUCCCCUCGUCCCCCCUCAGCCAACGGAAGACCUGGUUCCCUAUGACGCGGAUCUGUACCAACGCCCAACGCACGAUUACUACCAAUAUCUCAGCAGCGAUGGAGACAGCCACAGUGACCAUUACUGGGACUUCCACCCCCACCACGUGCACAGCGAGUUCGAGAGCUUCACGGAGAACCACUUCACCGAGCUGCAGAGCGUGCAGCCCCCGCAGCUGCAGCAACUCUACCGACACAUGGAGCUGGAGCAGAUGCACGUCCUCGACACCCCCAUGGCGCCGCCCCACGCCAGCCUCGGCCACCAGGUCUCCUACCUGCCCCGGAUGUGCGUCCCAUACCCCUCCCUGUCCCCGGCCCAGCCCAGCUCGGAUGAGGAGGAGGGUGAGCGGCACAGCCCCCCACUGGAGGUGUCUGACGGGGAGGCCGAUGGCCUGGAGCCGGGGCCCGGCCUCCUGCAUGGGGAAACAGGGAGCAAGAAGAAGAUCCGCCUGUACCAGUUCCUGCUCGACCUGCUCCGCAGUGGCGACAUGAAAGACAGCAUCUGGUGGGUGGACAAGGACAAGGGAACCUUCCAGUUCUCGUCCAAGCACAAGGAGGCGCUGGCGCACCGCUGGGGCAUCCAGAAGGGCAACCGCAAGAAGAUGACCUAUCAGAAAAUGGCCCGCGCGCUGCGCAACUAUGGCAAGACAGGCGAGGUCAAGAAGGUCAAGAAGAAGCUCACCUACCAGUUCAGCGGGGAGGUGCUGGGCCGCGGGGGCCUGGCCGAGCGGCGCCACCCGCCCCACUGA